AUGGCCUGGCAAUCACCUUCCUCGUCGGGUGUCGGAGGCAUGUCGGGAGUGAUGGGUGAUGCCUCGAACGGCGGGCACCCGCAGGGGACGGAAUACACGCUGCAGGGUGUGAUGCGUUUCCUCCAGACUGAGUGGCAUCGUCACGAGCGCGACCGCAACGCCUGGGAGAUCGAACGCGCCGAGAUGAAGUCGCGCAUUAGCCGCUUGGAAGGAGAACUGCGAACCAGCAAGCGCCUGCACGAAUCGUUAGGUAAACAUGUCCGCCUAAUGGAGACGGCUUUGAAGAAAGAGCGAGAGAAGGUGAAGAAGAUAUCGAACAAUGAGUCUGUUGAAGACCUUAAAGAUCCCAAGGAUCUUGCGCGUGAGAAUGUCAAUUUCUUGAAAGAGCAACGCCCUCCAUCGAAAGUGAGUUCGGAUGUAAACCAGGAGGGCUUGGCUCACCCUGAUUCACAAGAAUUCAUUCAAGAAGAUGAACGUGAGAAGUCAAGGGUGUACCUCUCCAAGUGUGCACAAGAGAUCGCUUACCACGUUAUCCCUACAUCUCACCCGGCCCCGGACCUCAGUGAUCCCGACCUCUCGAGUCAUCUCUAUGGAAACCAACAAUUGUCGCAGCAGAAUCUGGAGGAAGCCUAUCUCCAACAGCAACGACAGAAAGCAAACCAUAUGAUUUCCCGAGAGGUAGUGCUUCCGAAUAAUCAGUCCUUAGGCCCUCAGUACGCGGAGAAUGCAGCUAUGCCUGGUGCCCAAAAUCAGUACGGCCAGGCCCCGAUCCCGAUUGAGAGGCGCCAGAUCGAGCAACAACCUCCUGCAGCUAUUGACAAUCGGAAACAAGCCUUUGACCAAGAGAUGAUCGAUGACCGUGCAGUUGGACAGCAUUCAACAUUUGAUAGCCAACGGCCACAGGUGGCUGUUAAGGAUUUUCAAUCGCAAAAGAUGGCCGAGGAGGCCGCGGAGGAUAUGGACGGAUGGAACUUUGACGAGCCCUCCGAAUCGGAAACUGUCGCUGAUCCAAUUCCUCCCCAUCGUCCUGAUACCGAUGCUUUCCCCAAUGCCAAUUUCCGUUCCAAGUCGCCAUCUCGUGGCGGAUCUCUCUCGCAUCGACGAAAGAGUUCUGGUUCUCGACGAAAGAGCGACAGCGGUGUUGAGUCUAGAAACAUGACUGCUGGACAACAGGAGGCUAACUUUAAUGUUCGAUUCGCGCUAAGAGGCCAUCUUGAUGUAAUCCGUUCUGUGAUUUUUACCGGCGGUGGCAGUCCUUCGGAACCUGAAAUUUGCACGUGCAGUGAUGAUGGAACUAUCAAGCGAUGGAUCAUCCCAGCAACUUACGGGAAUUUUGGAGCGCACGGUCCGAGCUCAAGCAACGAUUUGGACAUUACUAGUUACUUUACCCACCGCGGGCACGUCGGACCAGUCACUUCGUUGGCUGCUUACUCACCCUCACAGAACAUCUCCAACGGUGGUCGAGCUUUAGGCGAUGGAUGGGUGUUUUCUGGCGGGCAAGACGCCAGUGUGCGAGUAUGGGAACGUGGUCGUGUUGAUCCCAAAGCUACCUUGGAUGGACACACAGACGCUGUUUGGGGACUUUGCGUACUUCCAGGAACGGCUGGCUCUGUCUUUGGUGACUCAUGUAGUCAUUACGGAGGCCCAGAUCGCAUUUUAUUGGCAUCUGGCGCAGCAGAUGGUCGUAUAUUGAUCUGGGCUGUUAGUGCUCCACCUCUUGUUUCUUCGCCCCAAGCGGGUUCACGCCGACAGGGUGGAAGCCGACGUGCCAACUCAAUCUCAUCUGGCUCUAACUUCCCAUCGUCUCCGCAGCCUAGCGUUGCCACAUCUACUCCAUUCCAUUAUACCCUUGUUCAUCAUAUCGUUCGCACCGAUUCUCCGUCCCCAACCUGUAUCAGCCCUCUGUCCCAAGCUGGUGUGAACUUCGUGGUUUCUUAUACCGAUGCCUCAAUUCUUGUCUACGACACACGAACCGGCGAAGAGAUUGUUGGUAUGGCCAGCCUUGAAACUUACGAUGGUACUCCCUCGACUGGUGUGAAUUCUGUGGUUGCCACAACCGUGGGAUUUGACGGCUCCGCAAGCCUGGACCCCAGCCGCACUAUGGCGGACGAAGAAGUGGUUCACGGAGCUACUGGUUCAAGCAGUGUAGAGGGUGUGAUCAUCAGCGGAUACGAAGACCGGUAUAUUCGUUUCUUUGAUGCCAACAGCGGUCAAUGCACGUACACAAUGCUGGCUCACCCAGCUGCCAUUGCCUCACUCUCUCUAUCUCCAGAUGGCCGUGAGCUAGUGUCAGCUGGUCACGAUGCCAGCUUGCGUUUCUGGAACCUCGAGAAGCGUAGUUGUACUCAGGAACUGACCAGCCACCGUUUGAUGCGUGGCGAGGGUGUCUGCGCCGUCGUCUGGAGCCGUGAUGGACGAUGGGUUGUUAGCGGCGGCGGAGAUGGCGUGGUUAAGGUCUUCUCCAGAUAA